UUUAUAUCGAUGAGCACAGGACUUGCUAAACCUAAAAAACUGAAACUCACAGAUUACGAAGUCUUUCAAACCUUGGGUACUGGUAAUGAAAAAUUGAAAUGCUGAAUUUUAGGUUCAUUCGGAAGAGUGAAACUGGCAAGGAAUAAACAAACCAAUAAAUAUGUUGCCUUGAAAAGUCUAAAAAAAGCUGAGAUCAUUAGACUCAAGCAAGUUGAUCAUGUGAUUAAUGAAAACACCAUAUUGGGAAAUUUACAGCACCCAUUUAUUGUAUUAUCGAUGAUCAAUUUUAGGUAACUUUUGAAGGCUUCUGUCAAGAUCCAAGAUAUCUCUAUUUAGUCUUAGAAUUCGUGUCUGGAGGAGAGUUGUUCACUUACCUAAGAAGCAUCGGAAGACUCGAUACUUCACAUGCAGCGUAAACAUUCCCCAUCCAUCCUUAGCUUUUAUGGUGCCCAAGUUGCCUCCAUGUUCGAGUACCUGCAUUCCAAGAACAUCAUCUACAGGGAUCUUAAACCAGAGAACUUAUUGAUUGCGGAUGAUGGAUAUCUCAAAUUAACAGAUUUCGGCUUCGCUAAAGUCGUAGAGGGAAGAACCUAUACAUUGUGUGGAACCCCAGAGUAUUUGGCUCCUGAAAUUCUGUUGAACAAAGGACACGGCAAGGCUGUCGAUUGGUGGACUUUGGGAAUUUUAAUUUAUGAAAUGAAUGCAGGAAUCGAUCCCUUCUCAGAUGAAGAUCCCAUGGCCAUUUAUCAAAAGAUCUUGAAGGGCAAAGUUAAAUUCCCAAAAAGCUUUGAUAAGUAAUCAUUAUGUCUUAAAUCAAAAGGAAUGCUAAGUCUUUGGUCAAGCAUUUACUUGUGGCUGAUCUUUCUAAAAGAUAUGGAAAUUUAAAAAAUGGUAACACUACUCAUUUCUAAUCUAAGGCGCUGCUGAUGUUAAAAAUCAUAGAUGGUUUGCAAGUCUAGAUUGGAAUCUCCUUACUCAAAAGAAAUUACCCGUUCCAUAUAAGCCUGUUGUGAAGUAAGUGCACCAUUUCUCAUUAAUUUUACUUAGAGCUCCAAAUGAUACAUCCAAUUUUUCAUCCUACCCAGAAUCCGACACCCAAAGCCCUGCUCUUAAACCAGCAGACGAUCCCUUCUUAGAAUGGUGAUUAAUAGAGCA